UAGAAGUGAAAGAAGCGAUAGCUGUCAAAUAUUAGUAGCACACUGGGAAACGGCGAGUACAAAUGACGGCGGGUGCCUCCAGUAUAAACAGUGACACUCAUCUUAUUAACGUCGCUUCACCGCCGUUUCCCAUUCUCUUUCUAUUUUCUCUCUCUUCAUAACACACUCUCCUCUAUCCUCUCUCCUCUCUCUUUACCUUACACUUCACGCCAAACGCCUGCACUCUCUCUUUCUCUCCAACCAUUUCUCUCUCCAACAACUAACAACCUUUGCAACAACUACAUUUUCUCAUAUUUGCUCUUUUGAAGUUUUGUCUUGUUUGUAGCAAUGGAAGAAAAUGGGUUGGUACUGUUGUUUUAUGUUGGCCAACAUAACUUGAGGUUUCUUAUGUUUCCUGUGACAUUGACGCUUCUCAUGCUGUUGGUUUUUUCUCCAUUUGCUUCUCCACUCAGCGAAGAAGGACAAGCAUUAAUGGCAAUGAAGUCUUCCUUCAACAAUAUAGCUGACGUUCUACUUGACUGGGAUGAUGUACACAAUGAUGACUUGUGCUCAUGGCGUGGAGUGUUCUGUGAUAAUGUCACUCUUACUCAAACAGUGGUGUCACUGAAUUUAUCAAGCUUGAACCUUGGUGGUGAGAUAUCACCAGCAAUUGGUGGUUUAAGAAAUUUGCAGUCCAUAGACUUGCAAGGGAAUAAACUAACUGGUCAAAUCCCAGAUGAAAUUGGAAACUGUGGUGCACUCGUUCAUCUGGAUUUAUCUGAUAAUCUGCUUUAUGGGGAUAUACCUUUCUCCAUAUCAAAGCUGAAGCAACUUGAGUUUUUGAAUUUGAAGAACAAUCAGUUGACUGGUCCUAUUCCUUCAACUUUAACCCAAAUUCCUAACCUCAAGACUCUUGAUCUUGCUCGAAAUAGGCUCACUGGAGAGAUACCAAGGCUACUCUAUUGGAAUGAAGUUUUGCAAUACCUUGGAUUGCGAGGAAACAUGUUGACUGGAACUUUGUCUCCUGAUAUCUGCCAGUUAACUGGUCUGUGGUACUUUGAUGUCAGAGGAAAUAAUUUGACUGGUACUAUACCUGAAAGCAUUGGCAACUGUACAAAUUUUGAAAUCUUGGACAUAUCAUAUAAUCAGAUUUCUGGGGAGAUUCCUUAUAAUAUUGGAUUUCUUCAAGUGGCUACUUUGUCACUUCAAGGAAAUAGAUUAACUGGAAAGAUACCAGAUGUAAUUGGUUUGAUGCAAGCCCUUGCAAUUUUGGAUUUGAGUGAGAAUGAGUUAGUGGGUCCAAUUCCUCCAAUACUAGGAAACCUGUCUUUCACCGGCAAGCUGUACCUUCAUGGAAACAAACUUACUGGUUCAAUACCUCCUGAGCUUGGCAAUAUGUCUAAACUGAGCUACCUGCAAUUGAAUGACAAUCAACUGGUGGGUAAAAUUCCUAACGAGUUUGGGAAGCUUGAACUUCUGUUUGAAUUGAAUCUUGCCAAUAAUCGUCUUGAUGGAUCUAUUCCACAUAACAUAAGCUCCUGCACAGCCUUAAAUCAGUUUAAUGUGCAUGGGAAUCAGUUAAGCGGUUCUAUUCCAUUGAGCUUUCGCAGCCUUGAGAGUUUGACUUACUUGAAUCUCUCUGCCAACAACUUCAAAGGAAACAUACCGGUUGAGUUGGGUCAUAUCAUUAAUCUUGAUACACUGGACCUAUCUAGCAAUAACUUUUCAGGGCAUGUACCAGCAUCUGUUGGUUAUCUAGAGCAUCUUUUGACCCUGAACUUGAGUCAUAAUCAUCUUGAUGGUCCCUUGUCUGCUGAAUUUGGCAAUCUCAGAAGCAUACAGAUUAUUGAUAUGUCCUUCAACAACCUUUCGGGGAGCAUUCCUCCAGAGAUUGGACAGCUGCAGAACCUUGCGUCUCUGAUUUUGAACAACAAUGACUUGCACGGGAAGAUUCCUGAUCAGCUCUCCAAUUGUUUCAGUCUUUCUUCCCUAAACUUUUCUUAUAACAACUUCACUGGAGUAGUUCCAUCUAUGAAGAACUUCACGCGAUUCUCAGCUGACAGCUUCUUUGGGAAUCCUUUGUUAUGUGGAAAUUGGGAAGGAUCUAUAUGUCGUCCUUAUAUUCCAAAAUCAAGAGAGAUUUUUUCUAGAGUUGCAGUUGUAUGUCUUGCUCUUGGUAUCAUCAUGUUACUGGCUAUGGUAAUUGUCGCUAUCUAUAGAACCCGCCAAUCCAAGCAGUUGAUUAAAGGAUCUAGCAGGACAGGGCAAGGGCCACCUAAACUUGUAAUUCUUCAUAUGGAUUUGGCAAUUCACACUUUGGAUGACAUAAUGAGAAACACUGAGAAUCUCAGUGAGAAAUUUAUUAUUGGAUAUGGUGCCUCUAGUACUGUAUACAAGUGUGCGUUGAAAAGUUCCCGACCAAUUGCAGUCAAGCGCUUGUACAAUCAGCAUCCACACAAUUUAAGGGAAUUUGAAACUGAACUCGAAACAAUAGGCAACAUUAGACAUCGAAAUCUUGUCACCUUGCAUGGUUAUGCCCUUACUCCAUAUGGAAAUCUCCUUUUUUAUGAGUACAUGGCAAAUGGCUCUCUUUGGGAUCUUCUACACGGUCCAUUGAAGGUAAAACUUGAUUGGGAAACCCGGAUGAGGAUCGCCGUUGGAGCUGCCGAAGGACUUGCUUAUCUUCACCAUGACUGCAUUCCCCGAAUUGUUCACAGGGACAUUAAAUCUUCAAAUAUUUUGCUGGAUGAAAACUUUGAGGCUCACCUAUCUGAUUUUGGCACUGCAAAAUGUAUCCCAGCCACAAGAACUCACGCCUCAACUUAUGUUCUUGGAACUAUAGGCUAUAUUGAUCCUGAAUAUGCACGAACAUCAAGGUUGAAUGAAAAAUCAGAUGUUUAUAGCUUUGGUAUUGUUCUGCUAGAGCUACUUACUGGAAAGAAGGCAGUGGACAAUGAUUCCAAUUUGCAUCACUUGAUACUUUCCAAGGCGGAAAAUAACACUAUAAUGGAGGCUGUGGAUCCAGAAGUCUCCAUUACCUGCAUUGAUUUGGCUCAUGUCAAAAAGACCUUUCGGCUUGCUUUGCUUUGCACUAAAAAGAACCCUUCAGAGAGACCUACGAUGCAUGAAGUAGCCAGGGUGCUUAUUUCCCAACUUCCUGCACCUCCAAGUAAAGUUGUUGCUGCUGCUGCUAAGAGUUUUGACUACAACCAAAAAGUUGAUGGACUACAACCUCAGCCGGAUAACAAUGCUUCUAAUGCUCAAUGGUUUGUUCGAUUUGGGGAUGAUAUAUCCAAGAGCACUCUCUGACUCUCGGGUGGCUUCCUAUUGUGGUUCAUGUUAUAGACAAAAGUUGACGAAGAAGGGUGAAAGUAAAGACUACUUUUCAGAUAUCUUAUAAUAUAUUAACUUAGCUAAUAGAGAGAAUGACCAUAUGAAUUAUCUUAAACGUUUUAAAACAAUAGAAAGUAAGGUUAAGGAAUUUUCUAUUGUAUAUUGUACAAGCUUACCUUAGUUAUUAGAUUCUCAAAUGGUUGAGUAUAAGUAUCCUUGUUUUGCUUUAUGGAUCUGGUGUAAUUAAAAAGCAGUUACUUUAUGUCUUACUGCUGGAAAAAAAUUUACACGAAAAGAUGUUGGAGUUGAUGCA